AUGUAACCAAAGAAAUCUUUCGUUGGUCUUGCUCCUGGACCCAUUAAAUUUAAUAUCAAGUCAUAUGAGAGGCCUGGAUUCACAGAGGAAGAAAUCAAAGAAAUCAAGGAGGCUUUUGAUAUAUUUGAUGAAGAUGGGUAUAAUUUUAAAAUAAAAGAAUUAAAGUGGUGGAGAAAUAGAUCCCAGAGAAUUAAAGACAGUGAUGGCUUCAUUGGGAUUUGCAACUGAUGAAUAAUUGUUAAACAAUUUAAUUGAGAUUGCUUAGACAAACAAAAAAGAUGGAAGAAUAGAUUUUGAUGAAUUUUUAGAUCUAAUGACAGUUCGAUUAUCAGAUAUAAAAUCUAAGGAGAAUUUGAAGGAAGUCUUUGAUCUUCUUAAACCAAAUGAAAAAGGGUGUUUAGAAUUGGAAUCUCUGAAGCAAAUUUGUAGGGAAGUUGGUGAAAAUAUUGAUGAAAACGAAUUGAAUGAAAUGCUAAAGCGAGCAGACUUUGAUAAGGAUGAUAUGGUAAAUUUUGAAGACUUUUAUAAAAUUAUUACUUUUUAAAAAUGA